ACAGAGCGAUGGCUGCCCACCUGCGGCUGCGAGGGACCCUGGCCCUGGUGACAGGGGGAGGCAGCGGCAUCGGCCGCGCCAUCUGCGCCCGCUUUGCCCGCGAAGGGGCCCAGGUGGCCGUUGCGGACUGCGACGAGGCCGGCGCAGCGCAGACGCUUCGGGGGCUGCAGGCGGGGGACCACCAGGCCCUGCGCGUCGACGUGGGGUGCGCCAAGAGCGUGGCCGACCUCGUGGCCCAGAUCCAGGCACGUUUCUCCCGCCCGGCCAACGUCUGCGUCAACUGCGCCGGCAUCACCAUGGACGAGUUCCUGCUGAAGCAGACGGAAGAGGCCUUUGACGCCGUCCUCAGGGUCAACCUCAAGGGGACCUUUCUGGUGACGCAGGCUGUGGCGAAGGCGCUGGUGGCAAGCGGGGCUUCGGGGGGCUCCAUCAUCAACCUGGGGAGCAUCGUGGGCAAGGUGGGGAAUCUGGGGCAGGUGAACUAUGCCGCCUCCAAGGCUGGGGUAGAAGCUCUCUCCAAGACGGCAGCCAAGGAGCUGGCCAGGUACGGGAUCCGCUGCAACACGGUUCUGCCAGGGUUCGUUCGCUCCCCCAUGACGGACAAGGUCCCCCAGAAAGUGCUGGACAAGUUUGCCUCCAUGGUGCCGCUGGGACGCCUCGGGGAGCCCGAAGACGUCGCUGAGGUUUGUGCUUUCCUGGCCUCCGACGACAGCCGCUACAUCACCGGUGCCAGCCUGGAGGUGACCGGGGGUCUAUUCAUAUGAUGCCUUUUCCUGCCUCUGGAGACACUGCCCCCCCCCCACAGCCUCAAGGAAACCACACUCCCUGGUCCGUCCCCCCCACUUUCGAAGGAAGGACUUGGGGGGGGCAGGUUCCUCCUUUCCUGGAGAGACUUUGAAUGCAAGAUUUGGGGAGGGGGCUUAGAGGCAGGGGGGCCUUCCCUGCCCCCCCCACCGGAAGAAGGGGGUCUUUUGCAGGACUACCACUCCAGAGGGACGCAGCGGCGGCGCUGCUCAGAUUCAGCUCCGGGAAUUUCUGUGCCUUGUUUUGGGACAUAUCACUCAGUUAAAUUCUACAAAUGCGCAAGCGAUCCAAGUGCCUUUUGGAGAAACACUUGAAUGCUGUGAGCCACCCGGAGAUAAAAGGAAACGAAACAGGAAAAAUUAAGGGAAAUUUAAGGGAAAUGCAGAAAUUUUUGCUUGAGGACCGCGGGAAGAGACGCUUUUUCCAGCCCGAACAAACGCCCCAUGCAGGGUUACAUAGCCUCAAAUAUAUGUGAAUGGGAACAAGAUAUUUAGUGUCAUAGACGUUUCACAAUUGACUCUCUCCCAUGUAUUCUGCCAAGUUGCCCCCCCCCCCACCAGG